GCGGCGUUCGAUCUCGCCGAGGUCCUCGCCACACCGCCCGCGCGCCCGCGCGCGUCGCGUCGCGUCGCGUCGAGCCCCGAGCCUCGCGUCGUUCGUCCGCGUGUCGGACACUCGAUCGCCGGUCGUUGACCGCGCUCGUCUCUGCCCCCGGGGCGGACGACGACGACGGACGCGAAGCGAUGACCGAGCUGCUGACCCCCGGGGGAUCGCGCCGAGCGGAGGCGAGCGCGGGGGACGAGACGAUCCCGGUCACCCCCGGCGCGACGACGCGCGCGGACGGCGCCGGCGACGGCAAGUCCUCGAGCUUCAUGGUGUGCGGCAACCUGUUCGAGGUGGACGCGAAGUACGUCCCGAUCAAACCCAUAGGCAAGGGCGCGUACGGCGUCGUGUGCAGCGCGAAGAACGCGGCGAGGCCGGGGGAAAAGGUGGCCAUCAAAAAGAUCACCAACGCGUUCGAAAACGCCAUCGACGCCAAGCGCACGCUGCGAGAGAUCAAGCUUCUGCGGCACCUGAAGCACGAGAACGUGAUACGCAUCACGGACGUCUCGGACCCGCCGCCGCUGGAGACGUUCAACGACGUGUACGUGUUCUACGAGCUCAUGGACACGGAUCUGCAUCAGAUCAUUCGGUCGUCGCAGCCGCUGAGCGACGACCACUGUCAGUACUUCGUGUAUCAGCUCCUGAGGGGACUGAAGUACGUUCACUCCGCCGCGGUGUUACAUCGCGACUUGAAGCCGUCGAACUUGCUGCUGAACGCAAACUGCGACUUGAAAAUCUGCGACUUUGGCCUGGCGCGAACGGCGAAGGGCCCGGAGGACUUCCUCACCGAGUACGUCGUCACGCGAUGGUACCGCGCGCCCGAGCUCUUGCUCUCGUGCGCGGAAUACACCGCCGCGAUCGACGUGUGGAGCGUGGGGUGCAUCUUCGCGGAGUUGCUCGGACGCAAGCCGCUGUUCCCGGGGAAGGACUACGUGCAUCAGCUGAAUCUCAUCACGCGCGUCAUCGGUUCCCCGAGCGAGUCUGAGAUGGCGUUCAUCUCGAGCGACAAGGCGCGACGAUACAUCCGCUCGCUGCCCGUCUCCCCGCGCGUCGACUUCGCCAAGCUGUACCCGGACGCGGACCCGAGCGCGAUCGACUUGAUCGAUAAGAUGCUCGCGUUCGAUCCGUCGAACCGCAUCACCGUGGAGGAGGCGCUGUCGCAUCCGUACCUCGCGUCGCUCCACGACGUCGACGACGAGCCGAGCGCGUCGGAGCCGUUCGCGUUCGACUUUGAACACGGCGACUCGCAGCUGACGGAGGCUGGGGUGAGGGUGUUGACGCACGAGGAGCUGAGUAGUUUUUAUAAGGAGAUCAGAGAGGAGGAGGCGGAGGAGGAGGCGCGGGGCGGCGGCGGCGGCGGCGACGACGACGACGACGACGGCGGCGCCGGCGUCAAAGACGCUAAAGAGGUAGAAGACUAACGCGUCGUACGCAUCUAAUAGGACGACGCUCGCGGAGGGACGACCUCACGCUUUU